CUCAAUUAUACGAUAUCAAUAUCAGAUAACAUGUCAUAAUUAUUUAGGCUUUAUAGUUCUUCGACAAUAAUUGAAAUGAUUCUCUUCAUACCCAUAUUAUGCGCAAUAUCGACCACAUGGGCCGAGGAAAUGAUACUAGACCCACCACUCCGGGUAGAUCUUUCAUCUCCUGGAGAUGUUGAGUACUUGACCACAUCGAACGUGUUGACUGGAUGGAUCAACAUGCCUAUAGACCACUUUGAUCCGCAGAAUACUGAUACAUAUAGAAUGCGCUUUAUGUCCAAUGAUCAAUUUUUUGGCGGCGAUGGCUCACCGCUUUAUAUUCUUGUGGGAGGGGAGUGGGACAUCGUUGAAGGCUGGUUAAGAGCUGGGAAUAUGUAUCUCUCAGCGCAGGAAAACAAAGGUUACAUGUUCUAUACAGAACAUAGAUAUUAUGGAGAGUCGCUUCCAUACCAAAAUUUCACAACCGAAAACCUACGCUUUCUAAAUGUAGACCAAGCGUUGGCUGACUUGGCAUAUUUUAUACGUGAAAUGAAAAGCCAUCCACGGUUCGCUGAAAGUAAAGUGAUUUUAUUCGGUGGGUCAUACGCAGCUAACAUGGUAAUUUGGUUCAAACAGAGGUAUCCACAUUUGGUCGAAGGUGUAGUCGGAUCUAGUGGUCCUAUUUUAGCCAAAGUAGACUUUACAGGAUAUUUAGAGGUAGUUCACCGAGCCUUUCAAUCGGAAUGCGGUGAUCAAAUGAUUGCCACAAUCAGACAGGGUAUAAUUGACACUGUGGCUUCUAUGACCACUGAGGAAGGUAGACGAAAUUUGGAAAGAACAUACAGAUUGUGUAGCCCUCUAAACUAUGACAAUGAAUUCGAGCUGGGAUAUUUUUCAGGGUUUAUAAGUUGGACAUUUUCCGGAUCCGUACAACAAGCGCGCCCGGGAACACUUCGGUCAAUUUGCAAUAAUUUUGAUUCUUACGGAACAACACCAAUGGAAAAGAUCGGUGGCUAUAUUGCAGCCAUGCGUGGCAUAGUAAAUUGUACUAAUAUUUCUUAUGAAAGCUAUGUAAACCGCUACAGAUAUACAAGUGAUAAUAGUCGGGCAUGGUAUUACCAGACGUGUACCGAAUAUGGUUAUUACCAAACAGCCCCACAAAGCGGGACAGUUUUCGACCAAUUGCGAUGGCUCUCAGUACCAUUCUACGUUGAUUUAUGUAAACAGGCAUUCGAUCAAAGAUUUGACGAAGCCUUCGUAAAUGCAGCCGCAGACCGCACCAACAGAGUAUUUGGUGGUUUAAAUCCUCAAGUGAACAACACAAUAAACAUCCAUGGAGUUAUUGAUCCCUGGCACGACCUUGGCGUUUAUGAUCGAGAUUUGUCGGAAACAUCGCCUACCUACACUGUAGCGAGGGCCUCUCACUGCUUCGACUUGCAAAAUUGGCUCACAACUGACACCAUACGUAUGACUAACGCACAGCAGGCAGCACGAAGACUUAUAGCCAGUUGGCUUCGAUAAAAAUAUCGGUUCUUGUAACUACUAUGCCUUUUCUUCUUUAUCAAGUGCAUUGUGAAAUAUGUAUAUAAAUUCAAGGAUAAAUUAGGUAUACGUAAUAAAAUAGCUUUAUAACAA